AUCCACGCUUGGUAGAGGCGUCUCUCCAUUUUCUCGUUUCUCUUCACUGCAAAUUCAGCCUAUUAUUUCAGAUUUUGAGCCGCGUUUUUUCUCCAUACGAACGCAUUUGAUAUCCAACUCCCAGAUUUUCGACAAUUCGGCGACCUGAGACUUCGGCUUUUAGUCAGUUUUUGUAAGAAUUUUAGUCUCACAGCAAAUAUCCAAGAUGUCCGGCUUGUCCGCUACAGAGAGACUACAAAAACUGUUUGAAGUCAUCGAGAGCAACACCGACGACGCAGAUGAUGCCUUCACCUUGCAUGUGCAUGAAUUGAGUGCUCAAUUGGAUUUGGAGCUAACGUCGUCCUUCAGCCAGAGCUCAAGCACUCCUUCUCAAAAUUUGCAGCCAAAUGAAAGCAAUGCACUUUCCUGUGACCCCAUGAGCAACCAGAGUUUAGUGAUCCUUGAUCAUCCACCAGCUAAAAUCCUGCAGUCGAUGCCUGCAAAUGAUGAAAUAUUUACUCUGAUGCCCAAAUCUGUGGCUGAAUUGAUCAAGGAAAAUAAUGCUUUGCUCAAAGAGCUCUUGAUCCAGAAGAUUAAAGAACUACAGAACUUAAAUAAAGCGGUAAUGGUCAGCAAGAAUUUGAAUGCUAGCUAUGAUGCCGUUAUUUCUGCCAAAGAAGAAAAAAUUGUUGCUUUGAUGAAGGAAUUGGAGGAAAGUCGAUCAAACGAAAUGCUCCUUAAAACUCUUCUGACUUUUGCUGAAAAGUUGAAACAAAAUGGAUUGCUCUCAAGCUUCUACAUAAACAAGCUUUCAACUUGGAAGGAAUAUCUGGGUGAAAAUGAAGAUGAUAAUCAAAAUUCAUUUGAUGUUGAAGAAGAAGAAGAAUUGCCCCCUGUCGAGGAUGCCACCACUGAACCACCAGAAGUAGUGGAGCAGCAAGUUACCUCUGAGGUGCAGAUGAAGGAUACUGGAUGUGAUGGAAAUCUAGUUGAGACACCUGAAGCUGCACCUAUUCUUACUGUCAAAACUUUAAAGGAUUUCAUGAAUCUGCCUGUCUCUGAAAAUGACGGCAAAGAUAUGGAGGUUCCUCCGAUCUUGUAUGAUGAGGCAGUUGCCAUAGAGAAGAAUGAGUCCAAAAUGUUGGACACAAACAGUAUUCACACUGAAGAGCAGGAAAUUGCUUCUAGUUAUUCUUCGAAGGAUCAGGAUGAUGACCGUGCUGACCAAGAGGGAUAUAUGCGUAAUGAGGAGCAGGUGGAAGCAGCUGAAAAUGCUGAGGAGGCAGUGGACGAGGAAAAUCUGUCGUCUGAGGGCAGCUUGCUUGAAAGUUACAGUUCUAUGAAUGACAGUGAGAUUGUCUAUGAAAGAUCUACAGACCAUGAUGAUUCCGGCGAAGCCAUUACUGAUGAGGUUGAGCAGGGAAAUCUGGCUGACGGAGACGAAGUUAAAGACAAGCAAAGUGAUGAAGGUAAUGAGCUCAAGGCCUCAAAUCGGUCUUUUAAUAAGUUUGUAAUAGAUGAGGAGGCCACAGUCGGAGAACUCCAAAGCCAUUCUAUUGCUGAUGAGGAUGCCCCUGCUGAAGUCUGCAAAGAGAAUACCCCUGUGAAUGGCUCUAAAAUUGAGGUCUCUGUCGAUAUGCCUCAAGUGGAGGCCCCUAUCAAGAACUUGAUAAAGGAGGCUGCUACCAAAGACCUUGUCAAUGAGGCCCCUGUCUUUGAGAAGGUAACCCCUGUUCAAGAUGAAGAUAUGGAGACCGAUGCUGAUCAUGAACAGCAGCAAUUGGAAAUGCAGGCCAAUGUUGAUCAAAUGGAUGCUGAUGAAAGCUCUGAAGCGUCCGAAGAAUCUGAGAAAAUCCAGGUGGAUGAAGAAAUUCUUGAGCAAGGAGAGGGAGACAAAACUGAACUUGCUGUUGCUACUCAAGGAGAGAGUGCAAACCUGCAGGGAAAACCUGUUGAUGAUUUAGCUGAGCGUGACCCUGAAAUUGCUCAAGGACCAACUGAUGGCACUGUAAGCUCUCGGCCUGAAAAAGACAUUGAGGAAGAGAAAAGAGAGCUGAGAAGUGGCAGGAAUGCCUCUCAGAAGCGCAUGGAGUUUCAAAAUGUCUAUUUGGAGGAGAACGAUGCCAAUGAUUAUGAAACCUUUGAUAAUCCUCCGACUAAGAAGAGGUCACAUGGACGCACGAAUGAGAAGGUAUCAUCUAGCCAAAGAUCCCAGAAGAAGAAGGCUGUUGAGAAAGCGGCAGAUGGGCAUGAAAAGGUUGGACUGAAGGCAAACCAAUAUGAAGUGGGUGCAGAAUCAAAACUGACACAAUCAAAAGUGCGCAAGGCCAAUAAUGUCACUUGGAAGGAAGGAGAACCUGAGAGGUUGGAGGAGAACAUGUCUGUGGAAGCUCAGGUGCCACAGGAAAAGAAGAGAAAGCGCACUGAUGGCUCGUUGGUGAAGAGCUCCAAGAAGAGGAGGAAUAAUGAUGGCUCGAUGGUGAAGAGCCCCAAGAAGAGGAUGAGUGAUGAUGGCUCGACGGUGAAGAGCCCCAAGAAGAGGAGGAUUGGUGAUGGCUUGAUGGUGAAGAGCCCCAAGAAGAGGAGGAGUGGUGAUGGCUUGAUGGUGAAGAGCCCUAAGAAGAAUCUGAAGAGACUAUCUGUGUCCCCAGAAAAACAGGUGCCUGCUGGGAUUAUGACGUUAUCUCCUUUGAAAGGGCCUCAAAAUCAGACCACGAGUAUGUUCGCUGCGCUACUUGCUCCAGAGACAGAAACUUGCGAUUUCAACCAGGCCAUUCAAUUAAACAAACUUGUGAAAGAUUGCCAAGAGGAAGAGCAGGAAGAAGAUAAUGCUGAUGAUUCUGCCACUAUGAGCAAGAAACUGUUUGGCUCUGACAGCAGUCCUGGUGAAUCUGAUGAUGAAAUUCCUGUUGUUGAGCCACCAAUAAAGGAGAAGAAGAAAAGACAACAAGGAAAGAAGCCAUCCAAGCUUCAGCAGCUGAAGGCUAACAUGUCCAAAGCCAACCCUCUUCUUCAGAAAAAGCGUAAUAAGUAGACAGAAGGCCCUAUGAUUUAUACAAGCCUGAGCAAUAGAUUAAAAAGUUCUUAGAUCAUCGUCACUCAAUUACCUUGUAAAAUUCUGUUUUUUUUUUAUGUUGCUUUACGCAAAAUGAUUCUACCAAAUUGUUUCAACAAUGGCCAAGUAUAUUAUUUAUGUAACAAGAUUUAGUAUUGGAGUGAUGAGCAAAACCACUCAUAAUUACCAAAAGAUUGCCAGGCUUAAUUUUUAGUUUUUCACAAGAGGUACGUUGCUGUAACCUAUAUUUUUAAAUCUAAAAAACAGUGUGUGAGGCACUUUUAUGUUAAAAAAAAUUCUAGGUAAAUUUGUCUUGAAUCAGAAGACUACAAAAAUUCAGAUAAUGUUUAAAAUUCUAUAAAAUUGAUGCAAAUUGGUUACAAACAUUUUUGAGUUCUUAAAUUGGUGGCGGCAUAUGGAUUUAUUGACGAAGAAUGAAGAAA